CUUCUACAAGAGAUUCAAAAUGGAAAAGGAUUCUACAAUGAGAUUGGUUCCUGUAAUGGUUGGAGUGGGAGUAGUUGCUGCCUCGGCACUUCUUGCUCACUUCCUUCUAAACGGAAAGAAGAAAAAGUUAAUCACCCUUGAAGACAGCUCUACGAAGUAUGCUCUGAAGUUGAUUGAUAAGAAGAUUUUGAGUCACGAUACAAGAAUAUUCAGCUUUCAGCUACCUUCACCAGAACACUGCUUAGGUCUACCUAUUGGUCAGCAUAUCUACCUGUCUGCCAAGGUGAAUGGAUCUCUAGUGGUUCGACCCUACACUCCUGUAACUUCAGACGAAGACCUGGGACACAUGGAUCUAGUGAUCAAGGUUUACCCUGCUAAUGUACAUCCUAAGUUCCCUGAGGGAGGAAAACUAACUCAACACCUUGAAUCUAUGAAUAUAGGGGAUACCAUAGAUGUACGUGGUCCAAGUGGACUACUGGAGUAUAUUGGCAAGGGGGAGUUUGCAAUCAAACCGGAGAAAAAAUCAGAACCUAAAAAGGUGUGUGCUAAGCAGGUUUCCAUGAUUGCUGGUGGGACUGGUUUAACUCCUAUGCUUCAGCUUGUCAGAGCUGUAUUCAGGGAUCCUGAGGAUGAGACAUGUUUAAGUUUACUCCUAGCAAACCAAACAGAAGAAGAUAUUCUACUCAGGAAAGAGCUAGAGGAGGUUCAGAAAGAGAACCCGGAUAGAUUCAAGCUCUGGUACACAGUAGAUAGACCAGGACCAGACUGGAGUUACAGUUCUGGAUUUAUUAAUGCUGAGAUGAUAGAAAAAGCUCUUUUCCCUCCAUCUUCAGAUAAUUUGGUGCUGCUGUGUGGUCCCCCGCCUAUGAUCAACUUUGCUUGUAUUCCAAACCUUGAUAAACUUGGAUACAGUCAUAGUAUGAGAUUCUCAUAUUAAAUCUUACUCUUGGACAGGGUUACCGAUCCGAAUUGUGCGGAUUUGCGCGAAAAUUACAGGGCCUGCAAUUGCGCGCAAGUAAAAUCCACUUGCGUUGGAAACCCUACUCUUGGAACACAUUUUGGAUGAGGCUCUCCUGGAACACUAAGCUAAAACAUUUUCUCGGGGAAUAACUUUCCCUUGGAAUACAUUUUUCUGGAACACCUUUUCCAUGAAGCUACUUUUUAU